AUGCAGGAGGUUGGUAAUGCAGAUCGAAGGAUUGUGCUAGUGAAUAAGGGCCAAGAGGAGGAUAGCCCUGAUGAGGAGGAGUAUGCGUUCGAGGAUGAUGAGGAGGCGGCGCAAAUGCAGCCUCGCUGGUUCGCCAUUGCAAGGUACUACUCGGGGAAAACGUACUCUACCUGGGCCAUGUUCUCAGAGCUUAGUUCGGUGUGGGGAAGAAGAGAUCCUAUACCUAUGAGGGAGCUUGGGGACAACAGGUUCCUGGUGGAAUUUGACUCAGAGAAUCUAUGGAGGCGGGUUUUGGAUGGUGAACCUUGGAAGCACAAAAAGGAUGCGGUGAUCUUUGUUCCCUAUGAUGGGGUACAACGCAUGUCUGAGGUAGUGAUCGAAUCUAUACCGUUAUGGGUACGAAUAUAUGACAUUCCAGUGUCGACGAUCACGGAUGGCUUCACUAGGGCUUUGGGUUCCAAGCUUGGGACGGUGAUUGCAGUAGGUAAAGCGGUUCAGAAUUACAAGAGGGUGAAGGUGGAGUUCCCCCUAGCAAAGUCCCUUCAGCACAUGGUGGAGCAGAGAGUUAAAGGUAAAGGUUUAAUGGUUUUCUUGGUUAAAUAUGAAAACACUCCACACUUUUGUUUUGGUUGUGGGAGAAUUGGCCAUGCUCAGGAAGAAUGCCCUGAUGAGGAGAGCAUUGCUGGUGGUGUUCGGUUUGGGAAAGCAUUAAGAUGUUCCCCACAGAAGAUGGGGACAGUCAGGAGCAUGACAAUCCCGGCUGAGGACUCGGGACCGGUUGAACCUGGGAUUGGGAGAGUGUCGGGCCUGGAUUCAUUCAUGGACUCCAGUGGCACGUCGAAGAGCGGUGGUCUGGGGGCAAAUGCUACAGAUCAUCCUUCUAUGCUGAAAAGACUAGCCGGCUUCAAAGCCAUAAAGGCCGGGAUCGGGGGCGAUAGGAAAGUGUCGCCUGGUGUGCGUGGCGUGGCCAAGGAUAUCGAGAAGCCGAAACGUAACAAGAAAGCAGCUAACAUUGUGGCAACCAUCCAGGAGUUAGAGGAGGCGAGGUUGCUUCCUGAAAGCCGACAAGCAAAGAAGGAGGUUGAGGCAACGGGAUAG